AUGUCAGACGACUCAGAUGACUUCAAGUUUUUCGGUCUAGGGGGAUGUAACGAGGUUGGAAGAUCCUGCCAUGUGAUCCAGUACAAGAACAAAACAAUCAUGCUAGACGCUGGGGUGCAUCCAGGAUUGAAUGGAUUGUCAUCGUUGCCCUUCUAUGACGAGUUCGAUUUGUCCAAGGUUGACAUAUUGUUGAUAUCGCACUUCCAUUUGGACCAUGCGGCAUCGUUACCUUACGUUAUGCAGCACACGAACUUCAAGGGCCGUGUGUUCAUGACCCAUGCCACCAAGGCAAUCUACAGGUGGUUGCUUUCAGAUUUCGUCAGGGUCACGUCAAUUGGAAGCGGUGGGGAUUCAAGAGGCGGUGGAGGACCAACAUCGGGAGGGGAUGGGAAAGACGACAAGGACGACUCGUCGUCCAAUCUCUAUACCGACGUUGACUUGAUGAGAUCGUUCGAUCGUAUUGAAACCAUCGACUACCAUUCCACUAUCGAAAUCGAUGGGAUCAGGUUCACAGCCUACCAUGCUGGGCAUGUAUUGGGGGCCUGUAUGUAUUUUAUAGAGAUUGGGGGCUUGAAGAUCUUGUUUACGGGUGACUACUCUAGAGAAGAGGACCGUCACUUGCACGUAGCUGAGGUCCCACCUCAGAAGCCAGAUAUCUUGAUUUGUGAGUCUACUUUCGGUACAGCUACUCACGAGCCAAGGUUAGAAAAGGAGGCCAGAAUGACCAAUAUAAUACAUUCCACCUUGGCCAAAGGUGGAAGAAUACUCAUGCCCGUAUUCGCUCUUGGUAGAGCGCAAGAGUUGCUUUUGAUUUUGGAAGAGUACUGGUCGCAGAACGAGGAUUUGCGGGGAAUAAACAUUUACUAUGCAUCGUCUUUGGCCAGAAAGUGUAUGGCUGUGUAUCAAACAUACACCAAUAUUAUGAAUGAUAACAUCCGGUUGAAUUCCAACCCUAGCUCAUCGUCGACGUCAUCUAGUUCUGGCAAAUCAAACCCGUUCCAAUUUAAGUAUAUUAAGUCGAUCAAAAGUCUUGAUAAGUUCCAAGAUUUUGGCCCCUGUGUAGUGGUGGCUUCUCCUGGUAUGUUGCAGAGUGGUGUAUCGAGAGAGUUAUUGGAAAAGUGGGCACCUGAUCCAAAGAAUGCUGUCAUUAUGACCGGUUACUCUGUGGAGGGUACAAUGGCCAAGGAACUAUUAACAGAACCACACACAAUUCAGUCUAUUACAAACUCUGAGAAAACAAUUCCACGUAGAUUGAACAUUGAAGAAAUUUCGUUUGCAGCUCACGUUGACUUUGAACAGAAUGCCGGAUUUAUAGAUGAAGUGAACCCGCUGAAAAUCAUCUUGGUUCACGGUGAAAGUAACCCCAUGGGAAGAUUAAAGUCAGCCUUGUUGAGUAAGUAUUCUACAAGGAAGGGCACUGAACAGGAGGUAAAGGUGUUCAAUCCUAGAAACUGUGAUGAAUUAAGAUUGAAGAUUAAAGGUUUGAGAAUCGCCAAAGUUUUAGGUUCUUUAGGUGAAGAGCAGUUAUCAAUGUUGAAAAGAGAAAUUGAUAGAAGAGUGGAAGAGGAAAACGUUAAGGUGGAGGAGAUAAAGGAAGAAGAAGGCAUUGAAGAAGAAAAAGAAGAUAAAGAUGUAGACAUGGAUGGAGCAGAACAAGUGAAGAAGGAGGAAGAGGAGGAGAUAAAUGGUGAAUCGGUGAUUAAAGCUGAGCAGCCAGUUUCUGGACUCUUGGUAUCGAAGGAUUUCGAUCUCAAUUUAUUGCAAUUGCAAGAUCUUCACGAGUACACUCAGCUUUCCACUUCCAUUGUUAAGUCUAAAAUCAACCUUAAGAUAAAUGCCAACAUAGACUUGAUUAAAUGGCAUUUGGAGCAGAUGUUUGGAUACAUCGAGGUCAUUAACGAUGACGAAGAUGAGUGGGAAGUUUUAAUUAUGGACUUAAUAAGUGUUAUAGUUGAUCACAACGCCACCAUCAAGUAUUCUGGAGGUAUAGGAGAAGGAAGCAGAGGGUUAAUAAUUUCAGUGGAAUGGAUAAACGAUAAUUUAAUGGCAGACUCAUUGGCCGACAGUAUUGUGGCUAUCCUUUAUUCCGUAGACUCGUCACCUGCUUCUGUUAAAUUGUCAUCAAAGAAGUGUUCUCACAGUCACCAUGUGAAGGUAGAGAACGAAGAUGAUGGUGCUAUCGAAGAAGACUCCAAUGGUUCAUCUGGAAAGUCUGCCCAUGCAAACAGUGCAAUCUCACUGAGAAUCCAUAGGAUAUCGACUUUACUCCGUGCACAGUUUGGUGACACAUUUACGACAGUAGAAGGUAAGGAAAAUGAACAAGCUGUGAUCAAAAUUGGGAAGACAGAAGCUCGCAUAGAUUAUCUCAAUCUUAGUGUGGAAUGUGGAUCAAAAGUAUUAAGAGAUAGAGUAGAAAACGUUAUUAAGAGAGGAUGCGGACUAGCUGCGCCUCUCAGUAAGUAUCAAAAGGCAGCAUAG